UGGGUUGUUAUACGAGCGGUGUCUAAGUAUAGCGCCGCGACGCCACCGUCCAGUCGAACCGCGGUCCGUCAAGUGUGUGCGUCUCCUGCAACCCUAUUCUGCACGUGGAUUUGUACCCUGAUCCACAGGAGUUGUCACUGCGCCUGGGUGACGACAAAACUAUUUCCGAGCAUUUGAAACUUCCGAUACAACGCAUAAACGACUAUCAACUUCUUUUAAAGGAGUUGGUAAGGUACAGUGCCUGUCUUGGCGAGAACAACGCCGAUCUCCAGAAGGCCUUGGAUUUGAUGCUAAGCGUUCCCCACAGGGCGCAAGACGAUAAAUUCACAUCUAGCAUCGAAGGCUACCGAGGUAGCAUCCACAAACUAGGCCGUUUAUUGGCCCACGAUCGAUUCUCCGUCACCUUCGGAGAAGUUACCAAGGAACGUUAUCUUUUCCUCUUCAAGGCGCGCGUUCUCAUCACCAAAGUACGCCGCAUCUCCGAGGACCGGUCCAUAUUUCAACUGAAGGAUAUUAUCAGGCUUCCUCAAGUAGAAGUAAAAGAUCAUCCAGAAGACAAACAACUAUUUGAGCUUGUGGACAAAGUUGGUGGUCAGUCGUUGUUCCUGAAAUCCCACAGAGAAAACAUCAAAGAAUUUUGGUUGCAGGAAAUCAGGGAGUUUUCCAAAAACUACGGUGAGCCAGAGGAGAGUAGCAGUGACGAGUUUAGAGUAGCUUCACCGCCCACCGAAAGUCAAUCCACACAACCCACUGAAGACAAACCCAAGAAGAAGAUCCCUGAGGUCAAAGUCGAAACAGUCGUAGAGGCACCACCGGAAACCAAAAAAGCUGAAACUAAACCACCUGAACCUAAGAAGACAGAAGUUAAGCCUACCGAAACUAAAAAGGUUGAAGUCAAACAAGCUGAAACAAAGAAGGUAGGAGCUAAAGUAGAAACUAAAUCAGUCGAAACAUAUAAAAAGAGUGAGAUAAAAUCAGUCGAAGUUAAGAAAGCAGAGCUCAAGGUUGAGAAGCAAGAAGUUUCGAAGGUUGAAAUAAGCAAAACUGAAUCUACAGACAAGUCAUCAACUCAAAGUGUUUCAUCAUCAUCCUCAAUUGUUUCCCAAAUCGAAGUAAGUUCUGAGGCCAAUAAACGCACAGUAGAAGAAUCCGAAGAUCAUCACUUAAAAAGGAUAAAAGCAGUCGAACCUUUGGUACAUCUGAAGGACAAACCGAAACUAGAAGAAGUCAUCCCGUAUGUUCCAAAACAAGUCCCGGAAGUUCCAGGGAAUGCAUUAACCAAGUUAUACAGUGUUGAGUCAGUUGGUGUUAGUGAUACUGUUAUUACUGAUUUUAAAAUCGGAGUUGAAUUUAAUGUUGAAGUCGACGACGAAAUGAGUAGACGCUACACAUCUCGUGCAGAGGGGAAUUUAGAGUCCUCCUACAGCAGAAGAUCCGGCGCUUCGUCUUACGGUACCGAUGGUGUCACAUCUUCUAGGUACAGCGCCGAAAGCGGUACCAGCAAGUAUGAAACCGAUUACUCGAGCAAAUACGGUACUGAUUCAGCUCUCACCGGAUCCAAAUAUGGUACAGAUUCAUUAACCAGCAAAUACGGAGCGGAAUCAUCUUUAACCAGUUCUAAAUACGGAACCGACACGUUAACUGGAGGUUCUAAGUACGAAUCCAAGUAUUCAUCAUCCUCCAAGUCGUACCUUGAAGGUGGAGAUUCAGGUUAUGCUAGGAAACUAAAGUCGUCAGUCGGUGAUGAGGACAUAAUCGAUUCCUACUCGAGAAAAAUUCGAGGAGUCACCGGUGACGAUGACGAUGACGGUUACACAGGCGGUAGCUACAAAAGAACCUCCACCAGAUCCGUUACUCGAACGACCGAAACAGGUGACAGCGAUGGCAAUUACAACUAUUCCCGCAGAAGCAUCAAAGGAUCUGUAGAAGGAGUCGGAGACGGUGAUACGUACUCAGUACGCAAAUCCGUUCGUACAUCUGUGGAAGGAACCGGAUUAGAUCCGGAGGUUAAUUCUUAUACCAGUAGUUACUCCAAACGUCUAGGUGAUGACUCCAAAUACUCUAUCAGGUCUACUUCUACCGGCGACGAGAGUGAUUACUCUAGUAAAUAUUCUAGAAGAAGUAGGGAGGCAGAAACUGAAGAUCUGUUGAGGAAGUACUCGAGAACUGAUUCGGCCGAUAGGAAAGCGAUCGGUGAAGAAGAAGAGGAAGAUAAGUAUGAAAAAUACAGGAGGAAGUACUCAAGAACUUCUUCCACUGAUAGAUCUGAAGCCAAGGAGGAAGAAGCCAAACCUAGGAGAUAUUCUAGAACCAGCUCCGUGGAUAAGAAACCUGAUGAGGAUGAUCCUUAUGAAAAAUACGCCCGUAAGUACUUGAGAAAAGAUUCUUCUGUUGAAAGAAGUGAAGGAAGACAAUCCAGAACUGAAUCUGUUGAGAGAAAGGUUAAUGAGGAGGAAACUUCUUCAAGUAAGAAAUAUUCUAGAUUGGAUUCUACUGAUUUACCACCAAAACCAACCAGAAAAACUAAAGAUGAAACGACGAGUGUGAAGACGUCAGUAACAGAAGAAGUAAAAACUGAAGCCCAUGAAGCUGUCUCCAGUUCAGUGAAGAUCAGUAAAGAAACUUCCGAAGUAAUUUCAUCUGAAAAAUCUGAAAAAAUGUCAUCUGAAAAAGUGACUACUGAAAAAUCUGCCACCGAAAAACUUAUCGAGCUGGAGUCUGAAUCUGAUGAGAGACCAAGAUUUAUCAAAACCAUUCGCGGUGCCAACAUCGAACUAACAACUGAUGAAAGAGCUGACAGAGCUUCAACCGACCAUCCAGAGUUUUUGGUAUCCAUGAAAGAUGCCGAACUUUUAGAAGACACUUACCUUCGUUUCAUGGUUAAAGUUGCCGGUGAACCGAAUCCAGAAGUAAAAUUCUUUAAAGACGGAACAAAAAUCAAUGAAAGCGGUAACCACUAUGAAGUGGUUAGGGAACAUUCUGAUAAAGGAUUUUAUGAACUUAUCAUCUCUUCAGUCAAAAAAUCGGACGAAGGUGUUUACAAAUGUGUCGCUACGAACAAAUUCGGUGAAGCUCACUCCGAAGCCACUGUAACCGUAACAGAAAACAAACAGGUGUUCGAUGACAUGCCGGAAGGGGAAAUCCUACCAGCAGGUGAAAAACCGACGUUCCACUGGAAAAAAGACGGUGUUCCAUUCGAACCGGAAGAACGUUUCAAAGUCCUGAUGGGCGAUGAUGAAGACUCUUUGGCUCUUGUCUUCCAACAUGUUAAACCUGAUGAUGUUGGUCUUUACACUUGCGUCGCCCAAACUUCCAGAGGCCACAUCAGCUGCAGUGCUGAAUUAACUGUUCAUGGUACCGUUAAUCAACUAUUCAGAGAACCCGAAAAACCUACGCUGAUUAUUGAGAAGAGGGAACCAAUUGUUACUGCCGGAGGUUCUGCUAUGUUGGAGCUACAAGUUAAAGGUUACCCUAAGCCUAACAUUAAAGUCGAGCACAAAGGCAAAGAAAUCGAAGCUGGCAGCAAAUACAAGAAAAAGCAAAAGCAAAAGAUGGUUGAAACCGCAGAUAAAGAACAAAAGUUUGUGUUGCUAUACGAAGAUGAAGAAACAAUGUCGCUGGUCAUUAAGGAUGUUCAAGACGAGGAUGCUGGAAAAUACACAUUCACUGCUCAAAACGAAUUGGGAUCUGAUUCUGCUGAUAUGUCUCUUACAGUUAAAUCUGCUCCUAAAAUUAAAUCUGAGAUCAAAGACAUGGAAGCCCAUGCAGAUUUAACUAUUAAAAUGGAGGUAGAAGUUGAUGGUACUCCUAAACCUACCGUUGCUUUCUAUAAAGAUGGCAAAGUCGUGAAACAAAACGAUAGAAUUAAGGUGGUAGAAGAAGCAACAAAACACACUCUUGUUAUUGAAAAGUCCAUACUUAAAGACGCUGGUUCUUAUUCGAUUGUCGCAUCGAACGAGUUGGCCCAAGUGUCUAAAUUCUGGAAUUUGGACGUGGUCAGCAAACCGAAGAUCUUGGAGAAACUUGGAACGGAAAAGGUAGUAUCUCAAGGUAAAAACCUUGAACUGAAGGUCAAAAUAGAGGCAGAACCCAAACCGGAAGUUAAGUGGUACAAAGAUGAGGAAGAGAUCAAAUCCUCCGAUCACUUCGUUAUUUCAGAAGACGGUGAUACUUAUAUAAUGAGAAUUACUGGAGCAGUUACAACUGACGCAUCACGUUACAAGUGUAAAGCUGUAAAUAUUCAUGGAUCUGCUGAUGAUGAGGUUACGGUUCAUGUCAAGAAACCUCCUAAGAUCACCAAAGGAUUGCAAAACAUGACUGUUACAGAACACGACAAGAAUGUUACUUUUGAUGUUAAGUUGGAAGCUUAUCCCAAACCAGCUGUUAAAUGGUUUUUGGAUGAAGUUGAGAUCAAAGAAACAAGAGCUGAAUUCACCAGAGUAGAAUCGGAUGAUGGAGUUCAACUGAUAAUCAAAGAAGUCACCAGUGAACUUUCAGGUCAAUAUACAUGUAAACUGAGCAACGAAUGUGGAGGAGCUGAAACCACAGCAAAACUAACAGUCAACUGUGCACCACGCAUCAUAAAACAAUUGAAGGACGUGACGGUGGAAGAAGGAUCAACUUUACACUUAGAAGUAGAUGUUGAAGGUUGCCCACAACCAACUGUGAAAUGGUUAAGGAAUGGAAGAGAGGUUUCAGCAGAUGCUCGCAUAAAAAUCAGCAGAGACACACAAAGACAGGAGACAUACAAUCUUGCCGUCAAUCUUAUUAAGUACGAGGAACAAGGAGAGUACGAAGUUAUCGUCACUAACUCUCUGGGGACAGUUAGUAGCAAGAGUUAUGUCACCGUUCACAAGGUAACACACACUGACGCAAUAGAAGAAACGGAAGAGCCGCCCAAAAAAUUAAAGGUCGAAGUUAUCGAAGACGAACCAGACGUUGCACAGAAAGCAGAUAAGGAGAAAAUCGAGGAGAAGAAGCCAGACGAACCCGAACAACCCAAGGUGAAGAAACCCGACGAACCCAAAUCUGCUCAAGGUACUCUAGCAGAAAAAUCCGGCCUAGAUGUUAAAGAUAUUAGAGACACAGAAACUCCAGAACCAAUAGUAGAAGAACCACUUUCGCCACAAGUUCUUCAACGAGGCAUAUCUGCUUCUGUUGAAGAAUCAAUUUCAGUGCAAAUAGAAGAAGAGGAAGACUUUAAACCCAAACCAAUUGAUUUGAAAGAUGUUACUAAACCAAAGCCCAAGCGCAGUAAAUCUGUGGUUAUUGAAGAAAUAACUGAAGGAGAUGUAGAAAAUGAUACAGCUUCUUCUCAAAAAGUGCCGGAAGCAAUUGAUUUGGAGGCUAAUAAAAAACUAAGUCGUGCCAUAUCUGUUACGAAAGAAGAAGCAGAUGAAGGCAAUGUAGCAGCUAAAUCUAAAGAGGUAGAGAUAAUUCCGGUAGAUGAGGACUCAAAGGCAAAACCAGGCAAAGGAAGAAGAGCUACAAUUGAAGAAGCUGAAGCAGUUGAUAACGAGUUGGCAAAUGCCCCAGGCAAAAAAUUACAAGAAAAAAAACUAGACAGGCAGGAGAGUAAAAAGGGAAAAUCUACUGGAGAUGAAGAAGAUACUGAACUAGAGAAUCUGCUUAACAGAGCUCAGAAACAAAGAAGUUUGGUAGAAGAUGUUACAUGCAAACCUGAAGCUGUGCCUGUAAUUUUGGAUACCAACAUGAAAGAUGGAUCAAGACCAGAAUCUCUAGACAUAACUUAUAUUGUAAGAGGAACAGCAAAUCCUCCUCCAGUAGCCACUUGGACAUUAAACGGCAAAGAAAUCAAACCAGAUGCGCACCUGAGAAUGACCACCAGUCAAGACGGAGAAGAAUUCCGGUUGGAAAUUCAGAAACUCGAGAUGAAAGAUGCCGGAACCUACGAAGUCGUGCUGUCUAAUCCUCUCGGCGAGAUAAGACAGAAAGCUGUCCUUGAUGUAACGCCUGAAAAGGAUUUGAGGCGACCUAAAAUCAAGGAAGGUUUGAAAGAUGAAACUAUAAUCAAAAAGAACUCGGUCACCUUCAAAGCCGUGGUAAUCGGUGACCCACUACCAGAAAUAACAUGGACCAAAAACGGCAAAGAACUUAAAGAAAAAGACUUCGAAAAAAUCAAAGCUAUUCUGGAAUCAGAAGACCAUGAAAUUGAAGAUGGGUUAAAAGAAUGCACCUUUUCCCUAACAAUACCGAGAUGCGAACGUGACGAUGCAGGAAACUACAAACUUAAAGCUAAAAACAAGUGGGGUGAAGCUGAGAGCUCAGCAGAACUCACCAUCAUCCUCCGCCCCGAGAUCGAAGGACCAGAAGAUGUUUCUGUUGUUCCAGGAGAAGCUACAGAAUUCACGGUCGUGAUCCAAUCCAAUCCAGUCCCAGAAGUAUCUUGGACCAAGGAUGGUGUUGCUGUUUCAGCCGGAGAAUUUAUCAAGAUUGUUGAAGAUGUUGCUAAUGAAACUUACAAGUUGAUCUUUGAUAAGACUUUGUUGUCCGAUGAGGGAUACUACAAUGUUACAGCAAAGAACAAACUGGGAGAAGCUUCUUCUGAGGCUCGAUUGAAAGCAAUUAAAGAGGCUGAGCCAACGACUGAAAGACCGAAGUUCAUUACUGGUCUUACUGAUGACCACGUGGAAGAUAAAGGAGAAAUAACUUUGAAAGUGCGCGCCGACGGUUUGCCUAAACCUGAAAUCCGUUGGUUCCUUAACGGUAAACCUGUUGUAGAAGAUGAACACCAUAAAAUUUCCACUGAGACUGGUACUCAAGUCACCAGCGAAUUAACUAUCACAAAUUACAGCGAACCUGAUGCUGGAAUUUACAAAAGUGUAGCAGUUAAUGUGGUAGGAGAAGCAGACACUACAGCUCGUAUUUCGAUGCUUCAAACUCCACCAUCGUUUGGUAAACGUUUGGAAAGGAACGAAGAAUGUUUCGAAGGUGAACCUUUGGAACUUAGAGCUAAGAUUAAUGGCAGUCCCAAACCUACCGUAGCUUGGUUCAAAGAUGGUGAACCAUUACCAGUUGAUGAUGAAAACAUCAAAACUACACUCUUACCUGAUGGUACAGUAAAACUAAACAUCCUUAAUGCAAAGCCAGAUGAUAGUGGAGCAUACAAACUUGUAGUAAAAAAUCCCAACGGCGAAACCGCUUGCUUGUGCGCCGUUGCAGUAACACCUAAACCAAGAAGACCAAAGUUCUUAAAAGUUUUCAAAGACGUAAAAGUACCACUGGGUGAAGAACUAAGACUCGAAGCUAAAGUCGAAGCUUAUCCACCACCAGAAAUUAAAUGGUUGAAAGACGGGAUUCCAAUCAGAGCUUCACCUAACGUUCACUUGGAAAAACAUCCUGAUGGAACCAUUGCUUUGGUCGUUGAUUGCAUGAGGCCAGAGAACGCAGGCAAAUAUCAAGUAAUCGUAUCCAAUAAACUUGGAGAUUGCACCGGAGAUGCCAAGGUUGAGGUCGAGAAGAAACCGACUAAACCCGAAUUCAUCACGAGAUUAUUCCCGCAAACUGUUGUUGAAGGAUUCCCUGUUAAGUUUGAAGUCAAGGCUACAGGUUUUCCUGCAUCAAAGAUCACAUGGAGCCGCAACGGUGCUGAAGUUAUUUCUGAUAGUAAACAUAUUAAAGUGUCUGACGAACCAGAUGGAACAAGCAUUCUGCUGCUAGAUGCAGCUGAUGAAGUUCGAGAUGCGUUGACGUAUAAAGCUUUAGCAUCAAACGAGGCUGGAAUAGCUGAAACAUCUGCUCCCCUUACAGUCGUGCCAGCUAAAAAGGAAGAAGAACCGGAAGAAAGACCAAUCUUCCUGCACAAUCUUAAAGACGUAAUUACAGAUGAAGGACAACCUUUGAUAUUAGAAGCACCAUUUACAGGCAACCCAAUUCCAAGUGUUGAUUGGACCAAAGAUGGCGUUAAAAUAGAACCGACCGAUAGAAUUUUAAUGACCUGCGACGGAAGAAGAGUAGGUUUAAAGAUCGACCAUGCUGUUCCUUCAGAUGCGGGAGUUUACGGAGUGACCAUCACCAAUCCUUUGGGGAAAGAAUCCACUGAGGGAAAAGCUGUAGUACACAAAGUUUUCCAACCUCCAACUUUCACUCAGAAAUUCACCGACUUGCAGCAGCUUCCAAAUAGAGACGCCAAAUUCCCGUGCAGAGUUUCCGGGGUUCCUCAACCGGAAAUUGUCUGGACCAAAGACGGAGAACCAAUUACGGAAUCUGACAAGUUCCACAUUAAACGCGAUGGAGAUGCUUGUUGCUUGUAUGUGAUGAACUGCCAACCUGCUGAUGCUGGAGUUUAUAGAGCUACUGCCACUAACAAAGAAGGACAAGAUGUUUGCACUGCUGCCCUGGAAGUUGUCAAAGAAAUUAAGUCUCCACAAAAGAUUGAACCUCCAGUUUUCUUAAAACGUAUUGGGGACACGGAAUUGUUCAAGGCAAUGACGGCAAAAUUCACCGCCUGUGCUUCUGGUAUUCCAGAACCAGAAGUGGAAUGGUUCCACAAUGAUCAAAAGAUGUAUCCAUCAACAAGGAUCCGCAUGGAAAGAGAUCAAGCCGGUUUGUUAAGACUUACUAUCUCUGGGGUUGAUGUAGACGAUUUGGGUAAAUACUCGUGUAAAAUUAGUAACGAACACGGAAGUGACAUUUGUCACGCCACCCUUAAGUUCGACGAAGGAAUUGAACCCAAACCAAAACGUCCGAUUGCUGAUCAGUAUACGGAAUACGAUAAGUACAAGCGUAGUGGAGCUCCUGUUCCAAUUUCUGAUCCGCCAAUCAUCUCCCAGAUGACAGACAGACAUUGUACUUUGUCCUGGAAUCCUUCAAUUCCUUCUGGCCCAAGAGCACCAGUAACUUAUCAAUUAGAAAUGUGCGAAUUGCCGAACGGCGAUUGGUUUACUGUAAGAUCAGGUAUUAGGAGUUGCACUUGCGGAGUCAGAAACUUAGAGCCAUUCAGAGAUUACAAGUUCAGAGUUAGAGUUGAAAAUAAGUACGGAAUCAGCGAACCAUCUCCCUAUGCAUUAACUCAUAGAGAAAAAUUGGAACCAGAUUUGCCAAAAUUCAAACCUUACUUACCUCCUGAAAUCGAUUUCCGCCCGGAAACUUCACCGUACUUCCCCAAAGACUUCGACAUUGAAAGACCUCCACACGAUGGCAUGGCUCAAGCUCCAAGAUUCUUACGCCAAGAACAUGACACACAAUACGGCGUCAAAGAUCAAAAUACCAAUCUGUUUUGGUUCGUUUACGGGUAUCCAAAGCCUAAAGUCAGCUUCUAUUUCAACGAUGAACUUAUAGAGCCUGGUGGCAGAUUCGAUUCUAGCUACACCAGAAACGGACAAGCCACCUUAUUUAUAAAUAAAAUGCUGGACCGUGACGUUGGCUGGUACGAAGCAGUAGCAAGAAACGAGCACGGAGAAGCUCGUCAACGCGUCCGUCUUGAAAUCGCUGAAGCUCCUUACUUCAUCAGAAGGCCGGAUAUUGAAUAUGCCCUCAUCAGAGGAAGAGGAAAAUUCGAAGCUCGCAUUAUCGGGGUCCCCACACCGGAAGUGAAAUGGUACAAGGAUUGGAAACCUUUGGCAGAUUCCUCUAGAAUUAAGAUGACCUUCACAGAACCUGACCUCUACGUUUUGACCAUCAGUGACAUUAUACUGAAAGAUGAAGGUCUUUAUUCAGUCAGUGCACGUAACGUUGCCGGUUCCUCUUCCGCCAGUGCUAUGUUACACGUGGAGGAAAACAAUUUGGAAUACAACUGGAGAACUUACAACAACCUUUGCCCGAUUAAACCACACAGAAGACUUUACACCGAUCUCUAUGACAUUGGUGACGAAUUAGGACGUGGUACACAAGGUAUAACUUACCACGCAGUUGAAAGAUUGAACGGUCGCAAUUGGGCUGCCAAGAUUAUGCAUGGAACUGGUGACCUUCGUCCGUUUAUGUAUAACGAACUGGACAUCCUCAACGAGCUACGUCAUAAGAAACUCAUUUCGUUGCACGACGCAUACGAAACCGACGAUUCUCUAGCUUUGAUUUUAGAGUUAGCAUCUGGUGGUGAAUUGGUCAGCGAUCUGUUGCUCAAACAAGAUUAUUAUACGGAAAGCGACAUCGCCGGUUACAUGAGACAGCUGCUUCAGGGCCUGGAUUACAUGCAUGGAAAAGGUUACGCACACAUGGGACUCAAUCUUGGUGAUUUGUUAAUCGCUCAUCCAGGAGGUGACGAUUUGAAAAUCACAGACUUUGGUCUCGCUAGAAGGAUUAACAUGGGUCACUACUAUUCCUUGAACUAUGGAGUACCCGAAUAUGUUUCACCAGAAUGUGCAAAUGGUGAAGGCGUGGGAUUCGGCCAUGAUAUGUGGAGUGUGGGCAUCAUCACCUACAUUUUAUUAUCAGGAAGAUCUCCCUUCAGAGGCCUAAACGAUAUGGAAACUCUCAUCAGAGUUAGGGAAGGAAAAUGGUCGUUUGACGACGAAUGGUGGUCCAGAAUCAGCUGGGAAGGAAGAGAUUUCAUCUCCAAGUUAUUGGUUUACAACGCUGACGGUAGAAUGGAUGUGCGCACUGCUUUGAGGCAUCCUUGGUUGGAGAGGGCUGAUAAGAGAUACCAUGAUGAGUUCCAAAUUAGCAGUAGAUAUCUUAGUGACUACUGGAGGUUAUACCGGGAAUGGUACGACAACGCGUCUUGCAGAAGGUGGUUCAGACGCAGACCAUUGGAAGGAGCAUUUACACAUCCGUCCAGAAUGGUUUAUCCACCCGGUGAGUAUUACACACCAACUGGAACACCCGCACCUCCGGAAAGAAUACCCAGACCAAAAUCAUCGUGGGAAGACCAAUUACCGAGCAGAUCUCCACUCAAUUACGAAAUCGGAGCAUUUAAAUCAGAAAGCCAUUACCAAAAUGGGCCAGACACUUAUCUCCUACAGCUCAGAGAUGUGGACUUCCCAGUUCGUUUACGUGAGUACAUGAAAGUAGCAGUCAAUCGUGGGCCGGCCGCCUAUAUUAUGUCUAAUGAAAAUGGUUAUGAUUGGAGCACUCCCAUCAUUCGUGAACGCCGUCGUUUCACAGACAUUAUGGACGAAGAGAUCGACGAUGAAAGGAAAGCGAGGAUCAACAGAUACGGCACUGCGGAAGCUGGCUAUCAGAUUCGCAGACUGAAACAUGAAAUAGGAUCUCGUCUAGAUACUUACGUUGAGGCCGAAGCAUUCUUAGAAGCCAAACAGGACGGUCGUCUGCCAUUUUUCAGAGAAAAACCCCAGAUGACCGCCAUGGUAGAAGGCAAAGAUCUGGAACUGACUUGUCUUGCUGUUGGUGAACCCCAACCAGUCGUGCAGUGGUUUAAAAACGAUGCUAUCGUCGCUGAAUCUCACAGGAUCAAAAUUUUUACGGAUGAUGAGGGACGAUCCCAUUACAAACUUUCGCCAGCUUUGGCCUUCGAUCAGGGAAUGUACAAGGUUGUAGCUCGCAAUAAAGUUGGGCAGACCAUUGCUAGAACAAGGAUUGUUCUUGGUCUCGUGCCGGAUGAACCGGAUUCUCCAGAAGCUAGUCAAGUAUCAGACACCGAAGUACUUUUAAUAUGGAAACCGCCAAAACAUGACGGUAACGCCACUGUUAUCUGUUAUCGUUUAGAAUAUAAACUGGCUGACGAUAUGGAGUGGUCCAAAAAAGCUGACAAUAUUGAUCAUGAAUUUUACUUGAUGCGGGAUUUGGAACCCAACAGAAGCUACAUUUUCAGAUUAUCUGCUAAGAAUGCGAUUGGAUGGAGCGAUCCUGGAGUGCCAUCAGCACCCAUACAAACCAAAAUCGAUGGAUCAUCUAAGAUUAAACUGAGCACAGCAAUGCAACAUCUGCAACAAAUAACAGACAGUGGAGCGCCAGUUGAAGAGGAACAAGGCAUCAAACACAAUUACGCCAUUGAAAGUGCACCAAUCGAAUGGGAAAAUGCAAAAUUGGAAGAGAAUUAUAACAUAAUUUCAGAAAUUUCCAGAGGUCAAUUCUCGACAGUGCUAAAAGCUGUCAAUAAACAAGACGAUACGGUUGUAAUAGCCAAAGUGCUGGAUAUUUCCGGUGACAGAAUGGCGGAAGUUGAUGGAGAGUUCGCGGCUUUAAGAUCUUUAAGACACGAGCGCAUUGGCGGUCUUCUUGCUGCCUAUAAAACGGACAAUUUAGCUUGUUUCGUUUUGGAAAAAUUGCAAGGCGCUGACGUAUUAACUUAUCUGGCAAGCAAACACGAGUACACGGAACAAACGGUAGCGACCAUUGUGAGUCAGAUGUUAGAUGGUAUACAGUAUUUGCACUGGAGAGGAUUGUGCCAUUUGGAUCUUCAACCUGAUAAUGUAGUUAUGUGCGGUAUUAGGUCUGUACAAGUAAAACUAGUUGAUUUAGGUUCGGCGCAUCGUGUUACCAAGUUGGGUACGAAAGUUCCUGUUGUUGGUCAUCCAGAUUACAUCUCUCCUGAAGUGUUGAGUGAAGAACCGGCAUUCCCACAAACUGAUAUUUGGAGUGUGGGUGUUUUGGCGUAUGUGAUGUUGUCAGGCACCCUACCAUUCAGAGGAGCUGAUGAAAAUGAAGGAAGACAAAACAUUUUGUUUGUACGUUACAGAUUUGAAAAUCUCUACCAAGAAAUAUCACAAGAAGCUACCAGAUUCCUUAUGCUUUUGUUCAAACGACAGCCAAAUAAACGACCAUCGCCAGAAGAAUGUCACGAAAACCGUUGGUUGUUACCAACAGAUUAUAUGAUUAAAAAGAGGGAAAGAGCAGUGUUUUUGGGUCACAGAAUCAAGGAAUAUUCCGAGGAAUAUCAUAAUGCAAGAAAUCAGAAAGCGUCGAGUUCCCUCGGCGGUAAAUUUAGCAGAUCGCAUAGCAUACAGGAAGAAUUAUUGACUGCACCUUAAUGUUUUAGUAUUAGUUUGUAAAUAUUAUUUAUAUAUUGAUAUCUUUUGAGUUUACACCUUUUUAAUUGAUACUUUACAAUCGACGGAAACUAUUUAAUUUUUUUUGAAGAACGUGUUUUUGGGUUUCCUUUAACUAAUUUUAAUUUAAAUAGGUAUUAAAAUUAAUAUACAUGAUCAAUACCAAAUUUUAUUUGAAUAAAAAUUAUUAAUUA